GUCUUCCUAACAGUAUAAAUACUGACACCGGAUUGUUGUAAAGUCCUUAUUUUAGAUCUAGAAUUUUCGUAGAGGUGAGGACUUGUCUCAUAUCCGGAGAAAGAUACGAACUCUCUCGCCUCGGUUAAUGUCUUCUUCUCUGUAUUACCAUGAAAGACCUCUUACAAGAGUUUCGUACAUGGGUCACAAUUGAGGAUAUGCGAAAAGGUUUCAACACUUGGACCACUGAACUGUUGCAAACAGUGGGAGUGGAUGAUCAAGAAAAAGUAGUCAAGGAUAUGAAGGAAUUUUGUGCUGCACUCGAAGAUAUGUACAAACCUAUCAAAAGAGCAUACGACGAUGCUGAUAAGUCUUAUUCUGAGGUGAUCACUACAUUAAUUAGCAAGCAUCCUUACGUUGUCCAUAUGCCAUGGUUCGACAUCCUAUUUUCUGAUAUGCAAAAAGUAAGCUUCGACCUGUAUGACGAAACAAUAGCUGACAACAAUAGGAAGAUGCCGAAUCCAAGUGUUGAUUUAGAGAAAGUUAUGGAAUUGCAACGACAACUUCAACGGGCUGAGGACAACUUUGCAGUACUAUCUCGUAAGGUUAAGGACCUUUCCACUUUGAUUAGCAGUGUGAAGUCUUUAAUCAGUUUCGUGCAACCUGUUCUCGACAGGAUUAAGCUUUCGUGUAGCAACAGGAGAGAGAGAGGGAUACAAGCUCUUACUGUCUAGCCUUUUCUUUGGUUAGCAUUUUCAUUGCUGCAACUGGGUAUCACAAGCUAGCUGGAGAAAUGUGUGGAUUAAUAGUUGGUGAUAAGUUUGAUCUUUAGGUGGAAGUUUACUGUUCUCCUUUUCAGGCUCUUGCUGUCUAGCCUGUUCUUUGGUUGGCAUUUUCAUUGCUGCAACUGGGUAUCACAAGCUAGCUGGAGAAAUAUAUGCAUGAAUAGUUGGUGAUAGGUUUGAUCUUUAGGUGGAAGUUUGAUGUUCUUUUCAUGUAUUAAAUGGUGGUGUUAUGUAACCAACAGAAGAUCUAAUUCCAGAAAAUAUGUGUUGUUGUAUAAUGCAAACACAUUUUCCCUUUUAUAUAUGUUUAUCUAUUCUAAUUAUAUUA